UCAGCAAGGUGAGUGCUUUUACCAAUUGACCUAGCCUGUCCUAAGUUCCACGGUAUAUCGUUUCGUAUCGCGUCUCGUAAUUCGCUUGAAUACAGUCCACAUAAUUUUUAAAUAUCGAAGUAAAAUAAUCCCCUUAACAUUUUUUGGUCCCACGAUCCGGAUAACUUGUAAGGUGACCGUGGUUAUUUUCGCUUUAAAUAUCAAUUUUCGUCAAUAAAUUGUUCAUUGUAAAAUCAUAAAAACAUUGGAGGGUAAGAUUGAAACACUGGGCUUGGGCGUUUUUCCGUUAGUUAAACUAUCGAGCGUUUAGUUCAUAGACUAAAAUUGUGUGUCGAAUUAAUUACGUUUCUGAACGCAACUUUUAGCUGUCAUUUUUGACAAGUUGUCAAUUGAAAAUCAUAACCUAUCAUUAUUAUCGAAUCAAAUAGUUUUGUUGUUGUUUUAGUGAUUCAAUAUACAUAUUUUUACAAAAUAAACAUGACACUUGGUGGGGAUUCGUCCGAAAGUUUCGACAAGAGCCGUAUGUUAGUAGUAAGGAAGCUUUUGAGUUGCAACUUGAAUCAAACACAGAAAUUCCCAGUUAUGAGGAAUUAAUUUCGUUUAUUGAAAAGCGGAGCCAGGCAUUAGAGAACAGCGUUGGUAAGUCGUUAACAUUAUCUAGUAAACCAGUGUAUAGUAAGCCAGUGUCGAAUAAGGCUAAGCCUGCUCUCCUUGUGCCGCCAGUGAGCAACUGUGCUAUGUGUUCCGCACCGGGACACAAAUUGGAUAACUGUACUAAAUUUUUGGAACUGCAGCCAUUGGAAAGGUUUGCUCAGGUUAAGGAGAGGAGACUUUGCAUACUUUGUUGUAGGCCAUCACACUCGGUUAAAAAUUGUAAAUCAUCGGUGACUUGUGGCAUCUGCAAGCGCAGACACCACACAUUAUUGCAUUUCGAAAAGGAUAAGGAGUUGGAACCAACAGCUCCACCGACCCAAGUGGCAUUGGCUGUGCAUAAUGCAAAUGCACCAAGUUUGUUCUCGACAGCUAUCGUGCUGAUAAAAAAUAAAUUUAAUAAUUUUGUACCAAUUCGAAUAUUGAUGGAUAAUGCUUCGGCUUGUAACUUUGUAACAUUGAAGUGCGCUCAAAAACUUGGAAUACCAAUUAGAAAUAAUUCACCAACGGUGAACGGUGUUGGUCUGUCAUCGACUGACACUUUUGGAAUUGUCGAUUGUGAGAUAGUUCCUUCGAAUGGGGACUCCUCAUGCAAAUUUUCGUUUGAAGCGUUCGUGCUUCCCAAGAUCUGCCAUGAUAUGCCACCAGAACCACUGAAUGUGUCUUCUUGGAGGCAUCUGAAGGAUUUAGAUCUUGCUGAUCCGUCUUUCCACAAAUCUGGACCAAUAGACAUGUUGGUUAACGUCAACCUUUUCGCUGCUGCACUACAAUCUGGCGUUGUCAAGGGCAACGCAGAUGAGCCCAUAGCUGUCCGCACUGUUUUCGGCUGGUUGGUAAUGGGUGAGUGCCCUAUAAACGUUAACACUUCUCGUUCUCGUUGUCAUAAAGGUUCAGAAGGUGAUACUCAGAGGUGCUAUCUCGUGUCGAGUCUAUCAUUAGACAAUAAUAUCAAGCGCUUCUGGGAACUGGAAAGGGUAGAUCCUCCCAAAAAUAUCGUUUUGUCGAAAUCAGAAAUGUCGUGUGAAAACCAAAGGGAAACUUCAUAUUGUCGCACUCCCGAGGGUAGGAUGGUAGUACCAUUAAAAAACACCCCGUAA